AUGUCAAAUUUCACAGCAGAAGCAGCGAAAGCUGCACUGUCAGAUGUUCUUACGGCUCUGGAAGCACCAGAAAAUGUACAAAAGUUGAACGCUGCGAGUAAAGAUAAUUCCGGCAAUGAAAUGCUUAAAACAAUGCAGUUUGUCUUUCCUACUGUCAUGCAGAUACAAAUGGAAGUAAUUAAAAAAUACGGCUUUCCGGAGGGAAGAGAGGGUACAGUGCAAUUUGCACAGUUGAUCAGGUCUUUAGAGAAAGAAGACCCCGAAGUGGCAAAGUUGAAUGCCCAAGUUAGAUCAUAUUUUCUUCCAAGUGCACCUGUUAAUUCUUCAACAGAUGCCUCGUUGUGA